AUGGCUGCUCUUGAAAAUCCCACUCCUCUUCCUGCGGCCGAGGCCGAGAUGGUCGAUGCCCCAACUGCCCAGUUCUCCUCUUCAGAGACCGUUGACGCCGCUGCUUCCUCGACCGCUCAAGCUGCCCCUCCAACCUCCGCUCCUCCCACGACACGAUCCACACCAGCACGCGCCUCUGCUCGAGGCGCUGCUGCCAGCGGCCGAUUCCUGCCCCGAGCUAUUCGACGAUCCCAACUCGACCGAGACACUAUUGCGGCUAAAGAGUCGGCUAAGCAAGAAACGAAAGCUGCUGUCGACGCGCGCCUCCAGCGCGCAGCUCGUGGUGGUCGCGGCGGUGGCCGUCGAGCUCGUGGUGGCCCUCCGGCUGGUUUUGAUCGCAUAAUACGGGGUGGAACGGGUGGUUUCGGCUCCACGAUCCAGGCCUCCAGCAACCGUGGCGGUCCCAGCAGCUUUGCCCGCCUGUACGAUGCGCCUUCUGCUGGCGGCAGCAGGUCAGGUACUCCGUCUGCCUACGGUGGCGGAUUGAAGAAAGAAAAUGGACUUAUGACAUACAACUCAGAGUCUUCUCGACCAACUGGUCGCCGCAUGAACACUGACAAGAUCGCCGAGUUCAUAACCAUAGACGAUGACGAAGCAAUCAAGAGUAAGGAGGGUACACCGGUCCUGCUGCCGAAGGGAAUGUUUCGCGAGGACCCAAAGGAGCCUGACCAGCCCGAGAUUGCCACGACGGAGGAGGUCAAGGCCGCCGAACGAGGGGAACCACUGCUUGUUCCUUCUGGCGAUAAUUCUGAGGAUGGUGAUGUCUUCUAUAACGAGAACGACGUCGAGAUGAAGGACGACGACCGCAAGUGGCCUGGCGCCAAGGAACUUUCACGCGUCAAGAUUGAGGGCGAAGAGAUCACCGAGAUCGACAUGCUCACCCAACGCCGCGCUGAGAAGGAGCUCCAGGCCAAGGAUUUGAAGCGAAAGAUGAAGUACAAGGACGACGAGGAUCGCCUCGACGCGGAAAAGAUGGCUUAUCAGCGCAAGCUCUUUGGUAUUACCAGCAGCGACGAUGACUCUGACGACGAGUUCAAGGAGGACAAGACCGAGCGGAAGCCCCUGAUCGCCGAGGGCGCCAUCUACCUGUGGCAGUUCCCUCCUGUCAUGCCACCCCUUUACAAAGUUGAGAAGACGUCCGCGAGGAAGAGCCCUGUGAAGGAUGAACCCGACGAUGACGACGUGGUCAUACUCAACGCACCCUCCCACAAGUCCGACAAACCAGUCGACCUGACUGCCGCCGACGACAUCAAGGAUGAAGACGAAAGCGGCGCUGGUCUCAGCAAUGGGAAAGGUCAGCCCGAGGACGACGACGAGGAGCUCUCCGGCCUCGUUGGCAAGCUCAUCAUUCGCAAGUCGGGCAAGAUGCAGAUCGACUGGGGCGGCAUGCUGUUCGACUGCGAGUCGGGCAUCCCUGUCUCCCACUACCGCGAGGCGGUUGUCACCGUGGAAGAUGAUGAGAAGCACCCGGAUGGCUUCCACGGCACGGCAUACGGCAUGGGAGCCGUUGCCGGCAAGUUCAAUGCUGUUCCGCACUGGUCGGAUGUGAAACCCUGGAUUGUUGAUCCAAGCCAGCUGCCUCCUUGGGGCGUUGGUGCAGCCCCUGAAGGCACGGAUGUUGAGGAAUAA